AUGUGCACACACGCUUUGGGGGUGCUGUGCCCCCCCGUAUCCCCUCAGCUGUGCCCUCCUCAGCUGUGCCCCCCAGAUUUGUGGGGAUCCCGUGCCCCUCAUGCUCCCCAGGGCUUUGCACCCCGCGUUUGGGGGUGUCCUGCACCCCGCUGUGCCAGCGGGCUGUGCACACCCAGUUCGGGGGUGCUGCGCCCCCAGACGCACCCCCGGCCCAGGCUGUGCGCACCGACUCCGGGUGUGCCGUGCCGUGCCCGUGUCCCCUCGCUCCCUGAUGGAUUUUCCGUGCCUCGGCGGGGCCGUUUCCCGGGAAACCUUCACACCCGCCGGCCCCAACACCUGCGGGCCUGGGAACGCGCCGGGGGGGCUCCUCCCAGCCCCGGGCCCGGCCCCGACACCCGCGGCCCGUGGGGGCUCCGCUGCCGCUGCCAGCACCGGGCAGCCCUGCGGGGCCCGUCAGGGGCGCUGGGAGACCGGCACCCCAAACCGGGCUGGGGGUGUCCCGCAAAGCCACAGGAACAGCUCCCUGUCUGGGGUCCUCUGCAGGGGGACACGGGGACACGCCACCUCAGAUCCACAGCAAACCCCAUGAAGCCCCAUCAGAGCCCCACAACACCCCCUGCACCCCGGUGCAGCCCGUGCUGCAGCCCCACUGCAGCUCCCCGCAUGCAGAGCCACCGAGACCCGGAUGCAGCUCCCGCGGGGGUCCCAGCCCCGUCCCAGCCCAGCGCGGGGCCGAGGGGCAGCACCGAGCAGCUUCACACCUCCGGGGUGAAAUUCGUCACCCCGCGUUCACAGCCGCUGCCCCGGCCCCCCCCAGACCCCCGGCCUUUGAAGUGCUGCUCCUGCAGCCACCAAGGUGCCUCUUCACACCUCCGGGCCGGCAUAAAGCCGGGGCGACCGGGAGCCAGCGGCACUCGGCUGCCAGCCUCCGGCGCUGCCAUGGCCCACGGCCGCACGCUGCUCGCCACCGCCGCGCUGCAGGGCUGGGGCGACCCUCCGGACCCGCUGGGCUACAGCAGCAGCUCUCCCGCAGCAUCGCCCGACUCCUGCGGCCUCGCGUCCCCCGCCGCCGCCCGGGGACCCUGCCGGGGCCACGCCGCACGGCCGCGGGGCAGGAAGGGGGCGCGGGGCGGCGGGGGCGCGGGGGUCCCGCGGCAGAGCGCCAGCGAGCGGGAGAAGCUGCGGAUGCGGCGGCUGGCGCAGGCCCUGCUGCGGCUGCGGCACUACCUGCCGCCCGCGCUGGCCCCCGCCGGGCACACCCUGACCAAGAUCGAGACCCUGCGCCUCGCCACCCGCUACAUCGCGCACCUCUCCGCGCUGCUGGGGCUCGGCCGGGGGGCGCCGGCCCCCCGCCACUGCCCGCUGUGCCCCCGGGGGCUGGGGUGCUGCCAGGACACCGUGCCCCGGGGUGCUUCGCCGCCCGGCGCUGCGGGCUGGGGGUCGCCUCCAGUGGCGGGGACCCCUCCCGGCGUGGGGACGGGCGCCUGGGGGUCACCCCUCUGCAGCCCUGCUGCGGGCACUGCCCCGGAGCUGAUCGGGGCUCCGGAGAUGGGGCUAGAGACCUGGGGGUCACCCCCCUACACCCCUGCUGCAGCGACCCUCCCAGAUGUACUUGGGGGUCCGAAUAUCGGGAUGGAGACCUGGGGGUCUCCCUCCUACAUCCCUGCAACCGGGACCCCUCCAGAGCUGCUUGGGGUUUCCAACAUCCAGACGCAGACCUGGGCGCCACCCCCCUACCUGCCCGCAGUGGGGACCUCCUCAGAUCUGAACAAGGCUGUCACCUCCAGUGCGUCCCCCUGGCUGACCCCUCCCCACUCGGCAGGGGCUGCGGCCCCCCCGGAUCUCCCCGGUGAUGCCCUGGACACGGGACUGGUGCUGUCAGAGUUCGUGGGCACAGGGACAGUCACCCAGGAUCUCUCUGCGGACCUGCUCUCGCUGCUGGAGGCUCUGUUCCCACCACAGCCCAGAUGAGUCCCCGGGCCUGGGGCACCCGCAGCCCCACGAUGUCCCUGCAGCCUCGGGACAAUGCAGGAAGAGCUGCCCGCCGCACCUGGAGCCGUGCUGGACGCGCCGGGCGGCGGCUGGAUGUGAAUAAACCCUUGUGAA